GUGCCCCGCGCCGGACGCGCCUGCGCGCACGGGGCUCCUCGGACAAAACCCUUUCCCUCCGGUACCGGGAGGCGCUGGGCUCAGCCCGAGGCCGUGAGGGGCAAGCACGGGGCCGUGUGGCGGGCGGGCCCAUCGCCGCCCCUGAGAGGCCGCGGGGGAGCCGCCGCCCCGGCUGCAGCCAGCAGGACCGGGCGCCUGGCCGUGGGAAGAAAAUGGCCCAAACUACUGCACCAGCAACAUCCGUUCGUGAUAAGAAUUUCUCUGAAAGCAAAAUGGUGAUUACAUUCCUCAUGUCAGCACUGGAGUCAAUGUGUAAAGAACUUGCCAAGUCCAAAGCAGAAGUUGCCUGUAUUGCUGUAUAUGAAACAGAUGUGUUUGUAGUUGGAACUGAGAAAGGAAGAGCCUUUGUCAAUUCUAGGAAGGAUUUUCAGAAGGAUUUUGUUAAAUACUGUGUUACAGAAGAGGAGAGGGCUGCAGAACUGCAGAACACAAAACCACCUAUAAAUAGACUGCCAGUGGAUAUUGUGGAAUUCGAAGCUCUCACGAAGUCUGUGGAGGACUUUUUCUGCCUUUGCUAUGGUAAAGCUUUAGGAAAGUCAACGGUGGUACCUGUGCCAUAUGAGAAGAUUCAGAGGGACCAGUCUGCUGUGGUAGUGCAGGGCCUGCCUAGAGGACUUCCAUUUAAACAUCCAGCAAAUUAUGAUGUUUCAACCCUCAAAUGGAUUUUGGAACACAAGUCAAGGAUCUCAUUUAUCAUUAAAAGGCCUUUCCUAGAGCCAAAGAAACACCUAGGAGCUGCUGUGACAGAUCCUUCACAAUCAGUUAUACCUCCAGGUGGAAGUUUUACUCCUGUUAAAGUGAAGACAGAACCAAACGAGGACUCAGAAAUUUCUCCGGAAAUGUCAAAAGUAACAGUGAAGGAGGAACCAGAUGAUUCUGAUUACUAUCAAUAUAAUAUUCCAGCAGGCCCUUCGGAAACAUCAGAGAUGAAUGAAACAAAUGUUCUUGCAAAAAGUUGUACAGGAAGCCACCAGGGUUCCAAUUGCAGAGAAGGAACAGAUGUGGAAAUACCAGUAGAAGAUUCCUCCCCGCAAGUCCCUUCAGAAACAAGUCAGAGCCCUGAGGUCGAGGUCACCAUUGAAGAUGAUGAUGAUGAUGACUACUUGCCCCCUAACAAGAGACCAAAGAGCGCUGAGUCACCUAAUGAAGCUGGGAGAAGAAAAGUGAAAGAGUUCAAUUUUGAGAAAUGGAAUGCACGAAUUACAGAGUUGAGAAAGCAAGUUGAAGAGUUGUUUGAGAAAAAAUACGCACAAGCUAUAAAAGCAAAAGGUCCAGUGUCUAUCCCAUACACACUCUUCCAGUCACAUGUGGAAGAUUUAUACGUGGAAGGGCUACCAGAAGGAAUUCCUUUCAGGCGGCCAGCCACCUAUGGCAUUCCCCGUCUUGAGAGGAUACUUCUAGUAAAGGAGCGGAUCCGGUUUGUAAUUAAAAAGCAUGAGCUUUUGAAUUUAACAGAAGAUGUGCCAUUGGACAGUUCUGUUGCAGGAGAUACAUCGAAAGAGGAGAGCCCAGGCAGGCUAACCAGGCUGAGACAGACGGUAGAUCACCUCUUCUGUAAAAAGUUUGGCGAGGCCUUGGGGAGAACUGAGCCUAAAACUGUUCCAUACAAGAAAUUUGAGAUCCAUCCUAAUGACCUCUAUGUCCAAGGGCUGCCAGAUAACAUCCCCUUUAAAAGGCCUUCCUGGUAUGGAAUCCCUUGCCUAGAAAAAAUCAUUAAAGUGGGCGACAGAAUCAAAUUUGUGAUCAAGAGGCCAGAGCUUCUAACUGGCACUUCAAUUGAAAUUACUCCACCCACGUCGAACACCGCAGUGAAAGAAGAUUGGAACGUCAGGAUCGCAAAGCUAAGAAAUGAAGUAGAAGAGAUAUUUAAUACGAAGUUUGGCCAAGCUCUGGGGCUUUCAGAGCCAGUGAAAGUUCCCUAUCCUGUAUUUGAAUCAAACCCUGAGGACUUGUACGUGGAAGGCUUGCCAGAAGGAAUCCCCUUCCGGAGUCCCACGUGGUUUGGAAUUCCGCGCCUUCAAAGAAUUGUCUGUGGGAGUGGCAGAAUCAAAUUUGUUGUUAAAAAGCCUGAGCUUGUCACCUCCUAUUUGCCUCCAGGACUGGCUAGUAAAAUAAACGCUAAAGCAAUGAGUCCAAAGAGUUCAAAAAGAUCGCAAAGUCCUGCAGGUAACUCAACUGUUCCAGAGAUUGAAGUUAUUGUUGAUGAAGAUCCUAAUAAACAACAAACAACAGAUGCUCAAACCAAUUGUGAAACCAAUGGGUGCAAUGUGACUUCCAAUCCACGAAGAAAAGAGUUUUCUUUUGAGGCGUGGAAUGCCAAAAUUACUGACUUAAAGCAGAAAGUUGAAGAUCUUUUUAGUGAAAAAUGUGCUGAAGCUUUGGGGCUGACUGAACCAGUGAAGGUGCCAUUUGCAUUGUUUGAAUCCUUCCCGGAUGUUUUCCGUGUGGAAGGAUUACCUGAGGGGGUGCCAUUCCGCCGACCUUCUACUUUUGGAAUUCCGAGACUAGAGAAGAUCCUGAGAAACAAAUCUAAGAUAAAAUUCAUUAUUAAAAACCCUGAGAUGAUUGAGGCAGCUGUUAAGGAAAUUUCCGCUAGAAACUCCCAAAGUAAAAAUAAUUCAUCUAAUACACCCAAUAAAGCAAGCACCCCAACAAACACAGCGGUGAACAGAGCUGCAGGUGUCGAAGAUCUUAAAAUCAUUCAAGUAACUAUACCAGAUGAUGACAAUGAGCGACUGUCAAAAGUGGAAAAGAUGAAACAAUUGAGAGAGCAAGUUGGUGAUCUUUUUAGCCGGAAGUUUGGUGAAGCCAUUGGUCUGAAUUUUCCUGUGAAAGUCCCAUACAGAAAAAUCACCACCAACCCUGGCUGUGUGACGGUGGAUGGGCUGCCUCCUGGUGUGGUAUUUAGAGCUCCCAGUUACCUGGAAGUCGGCUCCAUGAGGAAGAUUUUGGAAGCUGCAGAGUCUAUCAAAUUUACUGUCGUUCGGCCAUUUCCAGGACUUGUGAUGAACAAUCAGCUCCUGGAAAAAGCUGAAGCAGAAGCACCACCAACAACAGCAGCAGCAGCACCAGCACCAGUACUACCAGGUGAUGCAGAGUGUGAUGCAUGUCCUUGCAGGAGGGGUGGGGUAUGGAAUUCUGGAUCUUACUGGCAGAUGAUAUUAGUAGUCAUGUGCUGGCUAUGUGCUGCUUGUGAUGAGCCAUUUCAUUUUGACAGAUGGUGUGCAACGGUGACUUUUAUAGCUAUUAAAUAUUAAUAACUUAAUAGAAAGAGCCGUUGGUUCCUUCAGGCUGUAUCAUUGGCAUGUUCCUUAAUUUGAUUUUGCAGAUGAUGAGUGAGCUGAAAGGGAUUAGUAUGGGCAAUUUAUAAAGCAAAUUCAGUAUCCAUUUAUUGAGGGCUGCUUAACUCAAAGUGUAUUUAUGUGUCUGUGCCAGAUAGAUGCUCAGCCAAUGAGGUUUGCUUGUGUAACACACAAGAACCUCAAACUGGGUCUUGAUGGAACUUCUGCCUACUGUGCAGCUGUUACCCCUGUUAGACUGUGUCUCGACUGCACACACAUCAUCUAUCCUCAUGUGGAUGGAGAACUCAGCUUUGUGCUAUGAAUAGCUAGAGUAAAUGUGAUUGAGCAACUUCCUGUUGACCCAGUAUAGUUUCUAAAUGUUCAGACCUUUCAAAAAUGUCUAUUGCAAAUUGGUGUAGUGCAGGAAAGGCUUUUGCAAUUGACUGAAUAAAGUGUUACUCAGAGAAACUGGGAAGCUGAAAGCAAGCAUUCAAUAAACAUUUUAAGAGUAAGGGACACUGGUAUGGUGAAAAGAAUUACAGUGGUAAUUGCUAGCUCCCUUCUUUACAUUUGGAGGAGAUGGAAGGGAUGAAAACAGCUGCUAAUGGUCAGUGUGGACUUGCUGUAGUCUAUCUUUCCUUAAAACACCCACAGUGAUAAAGAGGUUAAAUGGCUUUCCCAUCACCUGCCCAUCUAUAACCCAUCAACACAGAUAAUGGAAAAAUCAUUAUGAAAUUAAAACACACUCAUCUCAGGCAAAGAUGUUUAAGUCAGAUCAUAACAGAAAAAAGGAGGCACCUUCUUCAGAGAAAACCUAAUUUCCAAGAUAUUUGAUUCAUGUUAUUUAAAUUAUAUUUGUAGUAAUUUGACUGUAUUUUUUGUUUUUCAUUUAAGAGCCAACUGACCCAAGCCAAAUGGAAGCAUCUGUAAAAGAUACUACAGAAACAGAAGAAAAUCUUCAAAUAAAGCAGGAGCCAGACCCAACGUGGUAGACCUCAUCAGUGCUGGUCAGAAGAUCCAGUUCUGAGAAGAGCCGGCUGGGACUGUCUGGAGCUGUGUAAUAUAACUGUAUAAGAGAAGUACCUUCUAUACAAACCCUUUUUAUAUUUUUAGAUGGAAAUGUCUACUUUUUCACCAGUUCUGUGAAUUGAUUUAAAGGAAAGAAUGACUGUAGAUUUGGAAUGGCUGGUUUUAAUUUGGAAUAUAUUAUAAGGAAUAGAUUUGAUGCAGCAAUGCUGGAGAGAGGACAGGGAUUAAAAUCAACAGGGACUUAACAAAGGUUGUCUGUGUUUCCCAGUAAAGCUGAAUUUUACCUCACCUAAUGCAUCUCAGCUUUUGUAACACAGAAAUAUUCCUACAAGUAGUUUAGUUUGUUAGUCUUACUUUGGAAAAAAAGCCCCACAAACAUUACUUUUUGGUUCUGACUGCUUUAAUGGCUGAUUGGACAAUACUAUCUGUAUAUUUGAACUGAUUUUUUCCUAUGAUACCUAUUGCAAUUCAUAUCUUUUUCAUAAAUAAAAGAUCAACUGGUUCACUUGACCUUCAGUACGCAUUGAGAUGGACGGUGAAAUGGUCACUAUUUCAGUGUGUGGAUUAGGAACCUAUUUUAAUUAAACCCUCCUGUUAGAGACUGUUUCAUUAACUCAAAGUAGUAAAUGCAUGUUUUCUCAGGAUAUCACAUGGUUUAUAUAUGAUGGGUCUGGUCUCACAGCCCUAAUGUAGGCAAAGCCCACGUGGACCUGUGUGAGAGCCUUUCUCAUGAAGGCUCUGGGGAUGCCCUUCUAAUCUCUAGAACUAGUUAUAGAAAUGUGUGCUCCAAGCUUCUGGAAGUCCCACUCUGUCAAAAGUUAAGACUCUUGUAGUCCUGGUGACUCCAAUAUCGUGUAAGAGACUCAUGUACGCGUUUAAGUUUCACAAACCAUAAGAGAUGUCAAGUUCUGACUGUAUGAUAAUCUCUAUAGCAGAAGAUGCAGAUUAUUGUAAAGGUUUCUUGUUCUGGUUUGCUUUGGGUUUUUUCAUUGGCAUGAGUUUGGGAUGACUGCAUUAUGCACAAAUGGUAAAUCCUAUGCCCUGACUAAGAAAUAAAGACCUUUCUGAUGGUUUUCAUGACUGUC